AUGGGAGAUAUUGUUAUUGCAAAACCGAAGGAUGGAGGAGGUUCCUCUUCCACGAUAAAGUGUCCUAUGCUCACGACAACUAACUACACAGUCUGGGCAAUAAGGAUCAAAUUGCUGCUGAAAGUUCACAAAGUUUGGGAUGCUGUGGAAAACGAGUCAGAUGACGGAGAUAAGAACGAUAUGGCCACAACCCUAAUAUUCCAGUCCAUACCCGAAGUACUUGUGCUGCAAGUAGGCGAUCUUGAUACAACAAAGAAGGUCUGGGAGUCGAUAAAAUCAAGGUACAUGGGAGCAGAUCGAGUUCGUGAAGCAAGGUUACAGACAUUAAUGGCAGAAUUCGAGAGGUUGAAGAUGAAAGAGAAUGACACCAUUGAUGAUUUUGUUGGAAAGCUAGCAGAAAUCUCAUCAAAGUCAACCGCUCUAGGAGAAACUAUUGAAGAACAGAAGCUCGUAAAGAAAUUUCUAUCUAGCCUCCCAAGAAAGAAGUUCAUACAUAUUGUUGCGUCAUUGGAGCAAGUCCUUGAUCUUAAAACCACUACAUUCGAAGAUAUCAUCGGUAGAUUGAAGGCUUAUGAAGACCGAGUGAAAGAAGAAGAAGAGGCAGAGGAAACACAGAGCAAGCUUAUGUACGCAAAUAAUGAGCCUCAACCUAGCUCAAACUCGUAUAACCAAGGUUAUAACAGCUAUAGAGGCCGUGGACGUGGUGGACGCUACCAUAACCGCGGAAGAGGACGAGGAAGAUACAAUGCAGGUCACUACGAGAACUUCGAUUAUUCAAAGAUACAAUGUUUUCGCUGUGACAAGAUGGGGCAUUAUGCUUCAACGUGUCCUGACCGUCUCCUAAAGCUACAAGAAGUUACUGAGACCAAGGAUGAAAGUACACUGGAGGCAGAGGAGCUAAUGAUGCAAGAGGUAGUGUAUCUUAACGAAAAGAAUGUGAAUCCUAAAGAGUUUGAGAUAAGCAAAGAUAACAUAUGA